AAGCUAAAGUUUCAGAAUAGGAGUCCAGCUUCAGCCCUCAACUUCAUAGCUAUGAAAUCCUACUUCUCCACUUCUAUCCCUACCUUCUGUUUACUCUCUAUAAUGGCAAUCACUAGUGGCAUUACAAGAGCAACAAAAAGUGAUUCUGAAUGGCUGGCAGCAGAGGCAAAAGCGUUGAUGGAAACAGGGUGGUGGAGUAAUUAUAGUAGAGCUGAAAACCAUUGUACGUGGCCUGGUAUCCGAUGCAAUGCUGGAAGUGUUGUCGAGAUUGAUCUUGGUGGCCAUGGUCUGAAUGGGAGCAUAACACCUCAAAUAGGAGCACUUUCUGAACUCCAGAUCCUUAACUUGUCUUGGAAUAGUCUUACAGGUGAGUUGCCUUCUUCACUUGGAAACCUCACUCAAUUGGCAGUGCUUGAUGUUUCUUAUAACCAUUUUCAUUCCAUUCCCUUGGCAAUUCAGAAGAUGGAGAAUCUUGUUUCUCUAAGUUUGUCUGGGAACUUCAUUGAUUAUAAUGCUUCAGCUCUUGGUCUGUUGACCAAUCUCACCCACUUGAAAAAGCUAAUGACUCUCAACCUCAGAUACUGCGACCUCAGUGGUCCCAUUCCACCGCAUAUUGGAAAGCUAGAGAGUAUGGUUGAUCUUGAUCUCUCACAGAACGGACUUGUUGGUCCAAUCCCAUCUUCUGUCAGCAGCUUAACCAAUCUUUCCUCAUUGUUCCUUCAAAGCAACCAACUUAAUGGAUCCAUUCCAGAAGAUAUUGGGGGACUAACGAAUUUGGUUGAAUUGGAUCUAUCCUCCAAUAGACUUUCAGGUCACAUCCCUUCCUCUUUGGGUCAGUUAACAAAACUGGAAUCUCUCUACCUCUACCAUAAUCAAAUUAAUGGUUUCAUCCCCCAUGAAAUUGAGAGGUUGAAGGAUUUAAAAUAUUUGGAUCUCUCAAACAAUUGGUUUGUUGGUCCAAUCCCAUCUUCUGUCAGCAACUUAACUAAUCUUUCCUCGUUGUUCCUUCAAAGCAACCAACUUAAUGGAUCCAUUCCAGAAGAUAUUGGGGGACUAACGAAUUUGGUUGAAUUGGAUCUAUCCUCCAAUAGACUUUCGGGUCAAAUCCCUUCCUCUUUGGGUCAGUUAACAAAACUGGAAUCUCUCUACCUCCACCAUAAUCAAAUUAAUAGUUUCAUCCCCCAUGAAAUUGAGAGGUUGAAGGAUUUAAAAUAUUUGGAUCUCUCAAACAAUUGGUUUAUUGGUCCAAUCCCAUCUUCUGUUAACAACUUAACCAAUCUUUCCUCGUUGUUCCUUCAAAGCAAUCAACUUAAUGGAUCCAUUCCAGAAGAUUCUGGGGGACUAACGAAUUUGGUUGAAUUGGAUCUAUCCUCCAAUAGGCUUUCAGGUCACAUCCCUUCUUCUCUGGGCCAGUUAACAAAAUUAGAAUAUCUUAACCUCUCCCAUAAUCAAAUUAGUAGUGUCAUCCCUCCAAGUUUGAGUAGUUUAUCCAAUUUAUGGUGUCUAUCCAUGGCUUCGAAUCUUUUGGAAGGUCCUAUACCCCAUGAAAUUAGGAGUUUGAAUACCCUGAUCUACUUAAAUCUCUCAGCCAACAAAUUGAGUGGACCCAUUCCAACUCAGAUUGGUAAUUUGUCAAAUUUAAGAUACUUAAUCUUGGCAAAAAAUAACUUGAGUGGAAGGAUUCCCCUGCAAAUUGGUGGCUUAUCUCUAUCCGAGCUUGAUUUAAGCCAUAACAUCAUUAGUGGAGAUAUACCUUCUCAACUAAAUUCCCAAAACAUUGAACUUAGCCACAACCUUCUCCAAGGAGUGAUACCUUCCAAAUUUGGGAAUUUAACUUAUUUAUUCAGCUUAGAUCUCAGUUGGAAUAAUCUAACGGGCACGAUUCCCGAAUUUCCAUUUCCUGUGGGGAACCUCAAUUUGUCGUUUAAUUCACUGAGGGGUCAAAUUCCAAAUGGAUUAUUGCAUUUUGAACCCGAGACAUUUACAGGCAACAAGGAUUUAUGUGGUUCCAUUCAAGGCUUCCAUCCUUGCCCUUCAUCUCCAAAUGUAAACCGAGAAAGAAAUAGCAAAGUAGUGAAGCACAAUCUGCUUAUUGUUAUUCUGGUUCCAACUUUGUUAUUUUUUGUCUCGACUUUUGUGUUGGUGACAUUCAUCCUAUUCCGACGAUAUAGAGCUAAAACUUUGAAAUCUGAUUCAAGUCCAACCAAAAAUGGAGAUUUAUUCACUAUUUGGAACUUUGAUGGAAAGAUUGCUUUUGAAGACAUCAUCAAAGCCACAGAGGAUUUUGAUAUCAAAUAUUGCAUUGGAACUGGUGGUUAUGGCAGUGUUUACAGAGCAGUUUUACCAAGUGGCAAAGUUAUUGCUUUAAAAAAGCUCCACCGAUUGGAGGCUGAGCAACCGGCUUACGAUACAAGUUUUCGAAAUGAGAUCAAGUUUUUAGCAGAAAUACGACACAAGAACAUCAUCAAGCUCCACGGAUUUUGUCUCCACAAUCGCUGCAUGUUUUUGAUUUAUGAAUAUAUGGAAAAUGGAAGCUUGUUUUAUGCCUUGAGCAUUGAUGAUGAAGCUGUGGAAUUGGAUUGGACCAAAAGAGUGAACAUUGUCAAAGGUGUCGCACAUGCUCUAUCUUACAUGCAUCAUGAUUGCAACCUUCCAAUUGUUCAUCGAGACAUCUCAAGCAAUAACAUUUUGUUGAACUCUGAAUUGGAAGCUUUUAUUGCUGACUUUGGGACUGCAAGACUUCUUGAUCCUGAUUCAUCUAAUCGAACUGUAAUUGUUGGGACGUAUGGAUAUAUUGCCCCAGAACUUGCUUAUUCGUUGGUCGUGACCGAAAAAUGUGAUGUUUAUAGUUUUGGAGUGUUGGCAUUGGAAAUAUUGAUGGGAAAGCAUCCCGGUGAAUUAUUGUCAACACUAUCAUCAUCAUCGUCUCGUGUCCAAAAUUUCAUGCUAAAUGAAAUUUUGGACCCUCGAUUAUCAACCCCGAGAAGUCGAAAAAUGGCAGGAGAGAUCGCUUUUAUUGCUGUCAUUGCUUUUGCAUGCUUACGACUUAGACCCAAAGCUCGACCAACAAUGAAAUUAGUGUCUCAAGAAUUCCUACACAUCAAGUCUCCAAUUGCAAUGCCUCUUCAUGAAAUAUCAUUGAUCGAGCUUAAGAAUCAUGAGAUGUUUAUGAGUGAUGAAAAUCACAAAUAAAUAAAUGAUUUGAAGUUGAUGUAAUGAUAUAGGAACCAGUGGAAAGUGAUAAGUAGAAUAAAUCUUCAUCAGUGCACGACAUUGUUAUUCA